GAAAUUCCCUUGGAUGCGACACAAACGUCAAACCCUAUCCCCCCUCUCUCUUCCCGUCUUGCGUCCAGAUCACUCUCCUUUAUUCUCUUCCCCCCAACCCCCCAAAAUUCCGAACCCAAACCUUGAUCAUUCUCAUGAAGUUCAAACGCUCGGAAGGCCUUAGGGUUUCGCUCUCCGCCUCCGACCCAGACAUCUUUUGAUGUGUUCUUGAUCACCACCCAAACCCUAGAUUUUUUUCUUGCUUUUUUUCUUCCUGUGGUUUUUUUUUUUUUUUUUUCAACUAAAGGCCAUGGCGGGCUCUGUGGAGGAUCUCGGAGCCCCGGAGUCAUGGGAGGUGGCCGAUUUGGACGAGUCCAUGAAUCGCCUGAUGCUCUCCUCCAAGAAAGACUCCAAGCCGCUCAACGAGCUAAACGAUGACUCAGCUCCGGCUUUAGUUUCUUCAUCGGCUUUGAAUUUAGGUUUGGGCUCGACGGGUGGUGAUGAUUGUGAGAACGUGCCGGACGAUGUUAUGGAUCAGGUUGAUCAGUUCCUUCGCGAAGCGUUACAGAAUCCUCGUGAGCGCUUAUCAAUUUUACGGAUGGAGCAGGAUGUUGAGAAGUUUAUUCGCGAUCCUACUCAACAACAGCUGGAGUUCCAACAGCUGCCUACAUCCUAUUUACGAUUGGCUGCACACCGGGUGGCACAGCAUUACUCACUGCAGUCAAUGGUUUUAUUGGACAAUAGUUUGCCUGAUGGUUCUGGCUCCAGAAUUAUUGUUCGCAAAACUUCUGAGUGCCGGCUUCCUCUGAUUCGCCUUGCAGACAUCCCUGUAAAUUUACCAUCAGAAGAGAGUAGUGUCAUUAAGGUUGCAAUCAAGCAGAGGCCACAGAAACGGUCGCAGCUUGUCAACAGUGGAAGUUCAAAUUCUUUAAAAACAGGCAAUUCCAAAAGUGUAGAGGAAAGAAAAGAGGAGUAUAACAAAGCUCGUGCUAGAAUAUUUAACUCAAGUAUUAAUAUUGGCGGUGGUGUGGGUGGGAAAUCAGAAAGUGAGCAAAGGCUGCAGGAUCAUCCCCUGUACUGUUCCUUGGGGAUUUCAAAGAUUGAAGAGAAAUCUGUUCCCAACAUUACUGAUGUAAAUUCUGGUAUAGGUCUGAUCGAUUCUUCAACGAGUAGCAGUAGAUCAGCUAGAAGUAGAACAGAGGAGCCAAUUGGUAGGAACAAACCAAAUAGUAGGGUGGCUAUUUUUAGGGACCGUGAAGUUGAUCGCAAGGAUCCUGAUUAUGACAGGAGCUAUGACAGGUAUGUGCAAAGAUUUGAUCCUGGGUUUGGGUUCAAUGGGGGACCGUAUACCAUGCAGCCUAUGUACAGCCCUGCACUGAAUUACAAUACUGAAUUUCCACAACUUGGGUCUACCCAUAGGCCUCAGAUUUCUCCUGAGCACCAACAUCAUCCGCUUCCUCAACACCUGCCUGGGCAAUGGGGUGCACCACCAACACCUACAGGGAUUGGGUAUGGUCAUCCAGAGACCAUGAUGACAUCAUUCAAUCCUAAUCAUGUUGGUGCCCGCUCUACAUCUGCCAUAUACCUGCAUUCCUCUCAGUAUCCUUGUCAGCAUCUGGGGAUGCCUUUCAUUCAUCCUCAUGAACAAGUUCACCAAUCUUUUUCACAGUCUCAUCAACAGCAACCUGAUGCGAAUUUUGGAUUAGCCCGGCCCCGAUGAGGGGCAUGGGCCACGCCUGCACGCUGCCAGCUGGAACUCAAUCUUGAAAUAUGAUGAGGGGCUGCCACAGUUGCAUAUAUUACUUAGCUGGCAGGAGUGCAGGCAUAGAAAACUGAGGUGGACUGGAGUGGAUGUAUCACGAACACCAAUACUUGAUCCAUUCCACCAUCUUGGUUUAGAUGGAAGCUUCUUACAUCUUUGAUGAAUUAUGAAGAAGCUCACCCCGUUUACCAAUUCCAUUGAUGGAAGCUUCUUUCAUCUUUGAUGAAUGAUGAAGCUGGUCAUGGACAAAUCCCAUCGUUCAAGGGUGGUCUCUCAUUUACGAAUUCCAUUGAUGGAAGCUUCUUUCAUCUUUGAUGAUUGACAAAGAAGCCAAAUGGUUCGACCAAUCCCAUCGUUUAAUUGAGGUCUCUUAGAGCUACAAUUUACCACUGAUGAUGAUGAUGAUGAUGAUGAAUGAGAGUAGAAGAAGAUUUUACCAGAGCUGGGAAUGUAAUUGAUCACCUUGGAUGAAGCACAGUCAAGAAUCAAAGCGAAGGAAAUUACCUGGUUAGUUGUAUUUGGUUUAUAGGAGCUUUGGCAUGCAUCUAAGUUAGAUUUUUUGAAGCUCUGAUCACACUUUUUAUGCGUUCCUGGAACCCUAGCUUGUUGCAGAAGUAAGAAAAGUAAAACACAUUAUGUACCCACGACAACGAUCUGGGUCUUAUAUCUUUAGAGCUCACUAUCAUCUUUUUAUGUGGAUAUAUUACUGAUAGUUGUGAUCAGCACAAUUUUAUUGAAUUAUUGGACAUGUUUAGCCUCUCA